CAUGGCUCAUCUUCAACCGCGCCGCGCUCUCUGCUCCCCAUUCGCCGCCGCCGCCUUUCCGGUCGAUCCCUCCCAUCGCCCGCAUCCUCGUACGCGCCAAAAUGUUCUCCGAACUCAGCUCUCUCAGCGACUUCCUCCUUUCUCGGCGACCUGCGGACUCCGCCUUGCUUCCCGCUCUGUUCGCCGUCGUGAAAAUCGUCGCCGGAGCCGGCCACGUUGGCCGCGCCGUUUCUAUCUUCCGGUCCGUGAGGACCCGCUUCCCAGAUCGACAACCCCCCGUCUCUCUUUACAAUCUCCUCAUUGAAUCCUCUCUGAAGCGAACUUCUGAUGCUUCUUGGUUGUAUAGGGAUAUGGUUUUAGCUGGUGUUUCUCCCCAGACUUACACGUUCAACCUCCUCUUUGCUGGUCUCUGCGAUUCCGGUUGCUUACAGGAUGCCCGCAAGGUGUUUGACAAAAUGCGUGAGAAAGGGUGCGAGCCUAAUGAGUACACUUUUGGAAUUUUGAUCCGAGGUUACUGUUCGUCCGGGCUUUCUUUUGAAGCUUUGGGACUUUUGGAGUUGAUGAAGAAGACGGGCGUCUGUCCUAAUAUGGUGAUAUACAACACUUUGAUUUCAACCUUUUGCAAGGAAGGCAAAACGUGUGAAGCCGAGAAACUAGUGGAGAGGAUGAGAGAUGAGGAUGGGCUUGCUCCAAAUGUCGUUACCUUCAACUCAAGGAUUUCAGCUCUUUGUGACUCCGGGAAGGUUUUGGAAGCUUCAAGGAUUUUCAGGGAUAUGGAAGCAGAUGAUGCUGGGGACUAUGGGUUGCCAAAGCCUAAUAAUAUAACCUUUAAUGUGAUGUUGGAAGGAUUUUGCAAGGAGGGGAUGUUGGAGGAAGCAAGAGGCAUGGUUGAGUCCAUGAAGAGGCGUGGCUUUUUGUCCAAUGUCAAUAGUUACAAUAUUUGGCUUGCUGGGCUGGUGAGGAAUGCAAAACUGUCUGAGGCUCAAUCUCUUUUGACAGAAAUGGUGGAAAACGGAGUAGAACCGAAUAUCUAUUCGUAUAACAUCGUGAUACAUGGUCUCUGCAAGAAUGGAAUGGUUGCUGAUGCUAGAUCAUUGAUGAACUUAUUAAAAUCCAAUGGGGUCAACCCAGACACGGUCACUUACACUACUCUCCUCCAUGCCUACUGCUUAAAAGGCAAAGUCACCGAGGCGAACAAUGUUCUGAUUGACAUGAAGAAAAGUGGGUGUAACCCUAAUACCCACACCUGUAACGUCUUGUUGUCCAGUCUUUGGAAAGAAGGUAAGGUAUCAGAAGCAAAGAUGUUGUUACAAAAGAUGGAUGAAAGGUGUUACCCUUUUGAUACUGCGAGUUGUAAUAUUGUGAUUGAUGGCAUGUGUAGAACAGGGAAGUUGGACAAAGCGGUAGAAAUGGUUGGGGAAAUGUGGAAUCACGGAAGUCCUUCUGCAGCUCUUCUGGGCAAUUUGGGAAAUUUGUUUCUCAAUCAGGAAAAGAAAUGCUUUCCUGACUUGAUCACUUAUUCAACCAUUAUCAAUUGUUUAUGUAAGGAUGGGAGACUAGGUGAAGCUAAGAAGUCAUUCGUUGAGAUGAUGGAGAGAAAACUGUUUCCAGAUUCAGUCGUUUACAAUACUAUACUGCAUCACUUGUGCAAGAAGGGUAAGAUAGCAUCUGCAUUUCAGGUUGUAAAGGACAUGGAGAGAAAAGGGUGUGAGAAGAACUUGCAAACUUACAACUCUCUCAUCUUUGGAUUGGGGUCCAAGAAUCAAAUAUUCGAAAUGUUCGGACUGAUGGAUGAAAUGAGAGAAAGAGGGAUUUUUCCAAACGUUCACACCUACAACAUCAUGAUCCGGUGUCUGUGUGAAGAAGGACGAACCGAAGAAGCCACUCAUCUUCUACAAGAAAUGUUGGAGAAACAAACACUGCCUAAUACACAUACAUUUGAACUGUUAAUUAAAGCAUUCUGUGGGAUUGGAGAGUUCAGACCGGCACAAGAGGUGUUUCAGAUCGGACUAAGUAUCUAUGGCCACAAAGAAACUCUUUAUAAAAUAAUGUUCAACGAGCUGCUUGUCGGAGGAGAAAUCUUGGAUGCCAAGUUACUAUUUGAAGCAUCACUAGAUAAACGCUUUGAUGUGAGUGAGUUCCUUUACAAAGAUCUUAUUGACAAACUCUGCAAGGGAGAGGAUCUUGAAAGUGGGCAUGCCGUAUUGAAGAGGAUGAUGGGUUGCGGAUAUGUGUUUGAUCCUGCAUCAUUUUUGCCGGUUAUUGAUGGUUUACGUAGAACAAGGAAAAAACAUGAAUCUGAUGAACUUGAAAAGUGUAUGAUGGAGAUGGUUUCUAGAUGUAAGGAUGGAAGCAAGGCCAACAAAAAUAACACGGAGUCAAAUAGACAGAGACGAGAUGAUAUGAAUGGAACAGCUGAGUGGCAGAAAAUUGUGCAAAGAGAUGAUGGUAGUGCAAUUGCAAUGAGAAACUUGAAGAGGGUAAUCAAUGGCUGGGGUAAAAAUAUGCAUGGCUAGUAUACAUCCCCUGAAGGAUGACAUUUUUGGUCAAUUUCCCGCACUGGUAAACCGGCUUCAGUAAAUUAAACUGCAGAAUUAUAGGUGACAUUGUUCAAGCAAGUGAACCAAUUGAAGGCUUUGUUGGUGGUGGACAAGGAUGAAUGCCGUAUCCUAGUUCGUGAUGGCAGUGGCACACACACACACACAUUGAUGGAUAUAAGUCAAUGGUCUGAUCGACUCCUUGCUAGGCCCCGGUCCUCGGGGCAGGCUGAGCCUAGGCUUCAACCGCGACUAUCAUGGAAGGCUUUGGCAUUGGCACUCAAGAAAAGCCAAGGCUUCGGCAUUAAGCACUAGGGACACUUGAGGAUCAAUAUCAAGAGAUAGUGUGUGCGUGUGAAUAUCAUGGCCUCGGUGUAGGCAAUAGUAUGUGUGUGUAUGUGAGUGGGGGGAGGGGUAUGUAACAUUUAUUGGAUCAACAUUCGAUCUGGGUGUCUCUUGGAAACAGCCUCUCCACUUUCUAGUAGGGGUAAGGUCUGCGUACACACACCCUCCCUAGUCCCUACACCCCACUUUUGCGGGAUCCUACUGGGCUGUUGUUGUAUGAAUCAAUAUCAUCACUAUAACACACACUUGUGUUUUAGUAGUACAAUAUGGGAUAUAUGAGCUGAUGAGAAGAAUGAAUAUUGAAGAAUUUC